AUGCACAUAAAGGUUUCAAGAGACACGACAAACUUCAGAGGGUCUAACGAGGCAACUUGUGUACGAGGUACAGUGUCAGGUCUACAAGUUUGCAUUGACGAGGAAACUACCACAAACAGCGCGGAACCACAAGUGGCGGUGUUGUGUGAAGCAGGGGCUUCAUACCACCCCCAAUACAUGUCGGCCGCCGGUCGGUGGACGCCCGACCUCACCACCAAACCACACAACUGCUUGAAGGACAAGAUGGAAAUACUUGACUACUGCAAGAAGGUAUACCCAAGCCAUGACAUCACUAACAUCGUAGAAGCGUCACACUACGUAAAGGUCAGCAACUGGUGCAAGUUGGGUUCUGGUAAUGCUGCAAAGUGCAAAGUCACUAGAUGGGUUAAGCCGUUCCGGUGUCUCGAUCGUUUGGCGGCAGAAGGUCCAUUCCAAUCGGACGCGCUGCUGGUCCCCGAGAGCUGCCUCUUCGACCACAUCCACAACCAGAGUCGAUGCUGGCAGUUCUCUAGGUGGAAUGCCACAGCGGGUCGAGCUUGCGCACAGCGUGGACUUCGUCUCCGGACCUUUGCUAUGCUCCUGCCGUGUGGAAUUAGCUUGUUCUCAGGCGUCGAAUUUGUCUGCUGCCCAAAACAUUUCAAGGAAAACGUGAAAAUGCAUAAACCUAUGGAAGUUGGAGUACCAGUAAGCCCUGGCGGUGAAGAAAUGCUUGCCGCAUCUGCUGCGAUGGACGAACGUGAUGACGAAUUGCUUGACGAUGAAGAUGCUUUAGCAGAUGAUGACGAUGACACCCUUAACUUGAGCGACGAUGAUGACGACGAUGACGCUGAUGAUGAUAUGGAUGAGGAUGAAGACGCUGACUUAUCUCGCGAUGACGACGCUGAAGAUGAUGAUUACACCGACAGCGAUGAUUCUGCCUGGCCACACCCUGAAUCUUCCUCUGCACCGUCUACUACUACGUCUACGACUACUACUACGACAACAACCACUGUGGCAUCCACUGCUACGUCUGAUCCUUACUUCUCCCACUUUGACCCUCGCACAGAACACCAAAGCUAUAAGGACGCUCAGCAGAGACUAGAGGAAACCCAUCGUGAAAAGAUCACAAAGGUGAUGCGAGAAUGGUCUGAACUUGAGGAACGCUACCAACAGAUGAUGACGUCAGACCCUGCUGCUGCCCAGACUUUCCGCCAGCGCAUGACCGCCAAGUUCCAGUCGAACAUUCAGUCAUUGGAAGAAGAAGGAGUGGCUGAACGUCGCCGGCUAGCUGCCUUGCAUCAGCAGCGUGUUUUGGCUCACCUUGCUCAGCGUCGUCGCACUGCUCUUGCGUGCUACACUCGGUCACUUCGCGAUACGCCACCAAAUGCUCACCGAGUACAAAAAUGCCUUCAACGACUUGUCCGCGCUCUUGCUGCUGAGCGAAGUGGAGCACUAGCCGCAUGGAGACGCGCUGCUGCCGCUGGUAGAGAAGCAGCUGCCGCUGAAAGGGCAAGUGCUGCAGAUAGAUUACAGGAUGCUGACCGUGCUCUACAACGCGCACUAUCCGCUCUUCGCCGUCGCCCACACUUAUACGCUAGCAUUGGAACAGCUAUUGAAGAUUAUGUUCAGUCAAUGCAGUCCAAGGACGAUAUGGCCGUAUCCCUCAUGUCAAUGACUCCUGAAGCUGAAGAGCUGUUGCUGGACCGUAUUGAGGCUGAGGUUCAAAGGGAACAAGCGGCUCGCGAACAACUUAAUGCUAAAAGGGAAGAACGAACACGGCAGAGGCAGGAUAUUGAAAAUGAACGAGAGAAGACAUCUAACGGCGUUAAAGAGAUUGAAGAAACAGACGACGAAGCCAGCGAGGUCAAUGACACUGAGGAGACCAGCACUGCAGCCAGCAGCCCCUCUCCCGCGCCUCCUUCGCUACCUCCAUCGCCCUCUGCUUCGGUAUCUGUUCACGACCUCACCACCCGCGCUGCUUACACUCAGGAGACUACAACUACUGAACUCAUCACGAGCACAAUGACUGAGGCUCCAGAUAGUGAAACUGAAACUGGCGAUAUUGGAGAAACAUCAAGUCGACGAUCUACUAGCGAGACGGAAGGUGAAGGACUUCGAGCCGCGUUGGAGCAAGCCGAAGAGCGCGCCCCACCUCCGCCCGCCCACGCUUUGAAACAUGAACUGCAACAUUCUCAGCCUGGUUACACUGUUCGAGGUGCGGCCCCCAGCAAUGGUGGAUCCGGGGCUUUGUACCCAGCGUUGUGCGUUGGCGGUGCAGCACUCGCAGCAGCUGCAGCCGUUGCACUGGCUGUGGCUCGCCGCCGUGACCGCGCUCCAUCUGCUCAGGGAUUUGUUCAGGUUGAACAAUCUGGCGCAGUGGCACCUUCUCCUGAGGAGCGGCACGUUGCCAACAUGCAAAUAAACGGAUACGAAAAUCCCACUUAUAAAUAUUUCGAAGUUAAGGAGUAG